AUGUUAAAGGAGGACUUUGAAGUCCUAGCUACCCGGGACCAAGACCUUCAGAGGCUGAGGCUAGGCCUGGUGGUCCCAACAGCCCGGCCCCCACCCUCCUUGAAGCAGCGCCAGGAAGCCUUUGAUAACUACCUUCAUCUGAUUUAUGGGCCUAGCCUGGUGGGGGAGCCGACUGGAGGUGUACUCCAGCAGUGGAGGGGUAUGGCCUUUACCGUGGAGAGAGAGACCUGGGACACCAGUGCCCUGCCCACAGCUGUCACCAGCCUCCAGAAAGGGCAGGCAGUACCAGUGGCCGUGGCCCCGAAGGACCUGAGGAGCCUAGGACAGCACUUGGUCCGCCCUCCCCAGGUUGCCUUGCCCAUCCUGCCCACCUCCCGGAAAGUGCACAGCAGGGCAUCGGAGCUGCUGUCUCAGUCUUCGCUGAGCUGUACCCUGGGCCUCAGUUUGGACCUGCAGCUUCCAUCAGAGCGCUUCUGGAAGGGGACACGAGCAUCCCUAGACCCAGUGUCCCCCGACCUGCCAGAAACGAUCCCACUGAAGAGGCACCCCAAGUUGCUCUCUAAUCUCACAGGCUUCUUUCCUGCCACAAUUAAGUCUCCAAACCAGUAUUGCCGACAGCCGGGUCUUCGGCCUAUCCCCUUCCCUGGCUUUGUGCCCAACUCGGUGGUGCUGCAGCACCUAUGGCUGCCAACAGAGAUGGGGGGUCUUGGAUCCCUGGCCCUGCUCACCCCCCACCAGGACAGACCCAAGCCCUCAGACGAGAGCAGAAGGCACCUUGCCACAUGGCAGCAGACGCUGCUUCGCUGGCUGGGGAGGAAGUCCUGCGAAGAACUGGACAAUGAGGAGGAGAAAGAGCUGGACUGGGCUUCCACGUCGACCUUGACCUCCCUGCGCUCGGAGGAGGAGCUGCAACCCUUGGCGUUGGAGUCAGAGGUUCUGAGCUCAGAGAUGCAGGGCCGCAGCUAUGCAGAUGACUCCUCAGAGAUGGAGGAGCCCUCCGGAAUCCACAGGUCCUUGCACUGGGAAGAGCGCUAUGCACAUCUGCCUAGGUUCCUACAAGACUUCGUCAGCCAGAACUGGUUCAAAAAGCUGUUCCCCAUCUUCACCCUGGAGGCGUACCCGGAGAUGAGCACAGUGGAGGGUCUGGCCUCGCUGCUUGUGGACAUGCUGGAGGAGGCCUCAUGGGGGGAUGGCGUGGACAUCCUGACCGCGUUGAUGACACUACUGCCUGACGUGAGCGACGACCUUCGCAGCCGUCUGCGGGGCAGCCUUGUGCGCUUGCUCAAUCUGGACCCGCCCCCCAGCCUCCAGGACUUUACGCAGAAGCAGUUCGUUCUGCUGGCGCUGCAGCUGCUCCUGGCCUGUUCCCUGGAGUCGCGGGACGUGGUGCUGGAACUCAUGUCUUACUCUCUCUACUCGCCCGCUGAUUGUCAGCCGGAACUCAAGAAACUGCUGAGUGCACUGGGCCUACAGGACCCAAUGGGGAUCCUGUUCAAAAAGAUGAUGACGUGGGCUCAGGGCUCGGAACUCAACUCCAAGGCUUUGCUGCGCAGUCGUUGUAGUCAAAAGCUGGAGGACAUGAUGCAGAACCUACAGAUGGAAUUACGGCAGUUUGCAGCCAAGUUUCCCGACAAGCUGCCCAAUGCCUCCGAGCCCUGGAAAUUGGUCCUCCCCAAGAUGAGCCUGCCACAGGCAUCGCAGCCAGUGAGGCCAGCCCCACACAUUGUCUGGAUGCCUUCUCACGAUUCAGAGAUGUCUUCAUCCACCGGUGAGACACUCUCGCCCACCCCCGAGGUGCACUUGCUGGAGCCCUCGAGUGCUGGACUGGACUUGGAUGCUCAAGAGUCGGAGUCCGAGCUGACUCAGGCUCAGCUGUGCGCCUGGCGCACUCGGCGGUCGCUCUCCGUCUCGCUGCAGGCCUUUGCAUGCUCCUCGGGGUCUGUCACGCCACAGGGCCAGCUGACGCCACUGGAGCAGACAGAAUGGUCGCGCUUGCAGUUGCUGGACCUGGUGUCCAUCGAUGCGCUCAACUAUUUCUGUGAGCAGCAGCUGGGGCAGAACGACAUCUUGCUGUCAGAGGAGACUGAGCCUCAGCCUCCAAGUUCUCACAUGCCCAACACCGUUGUUCGGCAGCCCCUGAAUCGCAAGUACCAACCCAUCCUCAGGCUUCAGGAGACCAGGAUCCAGACAGCUCGGGUGAACCUGAAGGGUCGGAAGCUACCCCGGCUCCAUGCAGGUGGCCCACUGCGCUUGCUGAAGCUGCCGCUGCCUCGCGUAGAACCACAGCCUUUCCCCCCUGAUUGGCCCAGGCCAGCCCGCCCUCUGCCCCCGUUGCUUCUGCAGGCCACACUGCAGCGAUACUUUCUGCCUGAGGAGGCAAAACCCUGA